AUGGCCCAGAUCCUGUCCAUCUACGGACUCGUCGCCUCGGUGAUCAUCUCCAACAACCUCGUCGAGAAGAUGGCCCUGUACACGGGAUUCAUGCAGCUCGCGGCAGGCUUGUCCGUCGGGCUGUGCGGCCUUGCAGCAGGUUUUGCUAUUGGAAUUGUCGGCGAUGCUGGAGUUCGAGCUAGCUCGCAGCAGCCCCGUCUGUACGUGGGCAUGGUCCUCAUUUUGAUUUUCGCCGAGGUGCUAGGUCUGUACGGCGUGAUUGUCUCUAUCCUGAUGCUCACGAGGUCGAAUCUUGGAGUCACGGAGUGCCUGUAUUAG